GGCUUGGGAGGAAAGUGGAAGCUCCUUGAGACCGAGACAUGUCUCAGAAAUAGCAAAGUACAGGAGGUUUGUGUUUGUCGGUUAAGCGGACGUCGAUACUUUCUGCCCAGGUCGCUAGGUAAAUUUCAGGCUAUUGCGAGAAGGUCGCGGGAGUGUCGCCAUUGCAUGAUUCGAGCGCUGGUGAUCACAUCGCUGCUGCCGUCCCUCUUCUUGUGGUAGAGGGCUUCAUGCAGAGACUUUCUGCUGCGAGCGAAGACCUCUCCUGACUUACGGGAGCGCCUGAAAUAUGCAAACGAGAUGGAGGCUAGAAGGGGCGUUAAGAGACAGAAUGGGGAGAAAGACGCAGCGUCGGAGUUGUAUGAGAAUAUGUGCAUGAAUGCUGUGAAUCAGAGUAUCGGACGGACGAUACGACAUCGUUCGGACUGGGCUUCUCUGAUUUUAGUCGAUCGUCGAUAUCGAUCUUCUGCUAUACAAGCUAUACUACCACGGUGGAUUGCUAGCGGCAUCGUGGCUACAGAGACAUUCGGACAGACGGUGAAGCAAUUGGGUACUUUCUUCCGUGUUAAGAGAUCGUAGCGACGCUUUGGCAUCUUGAGAACUACGUUGUACCUCUGGAAAACAGGCUGCCGUCGAGCCUUCGUGUUUUGCAGUCGUAGCUAAGGGCGUCAAAAGCGUCUUCUGCUCAAAUGCAGAGCCCAUCGAAUGACGGUAUGUUGUUACAGGUUCUGGGUUCUACAUAUACAGUAAUGUACAUGGCAUAUUUACUCUGUCGUAAGUAAACAGUAAUUUUAAAAGGUGAUAAAA